CAGUUCCAUGUACUUUAUCAUUAAUCAGAAUCGGGUUCCAUACCAAAAAAAAAGCCCUAAUCUUUCUAUGCCCAAUACCCGUUACUCUUCCUCGUGAUUUGCAGAAAAGCGUUGUUGUAUCACAAGAGAAGCUUCUCCUCUCUCUCUCUCUCUCUCUCUCUCUCUCUCUCUCUGAGAUGGGUGGUUCUGUGAAGGAUGUUGCUUCAAAGACGGAGCUUGAUAACGUGCGCCAAAGCGGCGCACCGGUUGUCCUCCACUUCUGGGCGUCGUGGUGCGAUGCUUCGAAGCAGAUGGAUCAAGUCUUCUCUCAUCUCGCUACCGAUUUCCCUCGUGUCCAUUUCCUCAGGGUGGAGGCUGAGGAGCAUCCCGACAUAUCGGAUGCUUAUUCCGUAUCCGCUGUUCCUUUUUUCGUCCUCUUCAAGGAUGGCAAGAGCGUGGACACACUGGAAGGGGCAGAUCCAUCCAGUUUGGCCACCAAAGUUGCCAAAGUUGUCAGUCCUUCAACUUCUGCAGAGCCUGCAAGCCUUGGAAUGGCGGCAGGGCCAACAGUUCUUGAAACUGUGAAGGAGAUUGCGAAAGACACCGGCUCCUUGAAGGCGGAAGAUCGAGCCAAGGCUGGACUCACCGACACACUAAAACAAUCUCUGGAACGACUUACCAACUCUCACCCUGUCAUGUUAUUCAUGAAAGGUUCCCCUGAAGAGCCUAGGUGCGGGUUUAGCAGGAAGGUGGUCGACAUUUUAAAAGAGGAGAAGGUCCAGUUUGGAAGUUUCGACAUUCUUUCUGACAACGAGGUGCGUGAGGGUUUGAAAAAAUUCUCAAACUGGCCAACGUACCCUCAGCUAUACUGCAAAGGGGAGCUUCUGGGUGGAUCUGACAUAGUGAUAGCGAUGCACGAGAGUGGUGAACUCGAACAAGUGUUCAGAGAUGAUGGUAUCAGUGCAGCGACUAAUGCUGAUUCAAAAGGAAAUCGGGAUGAAGCUGGAAAGGGAGGGAUCAGCUCAAACACCACAGGUUUAAGUGAAGCCCUCAGAUCUCGGCUCGAGGGUCUGAUCAAUUCGAACCCAGUUAUGCUGUUCAUGAAGGGAAAACCAGAACAACCCAGGUGCGGAUUUAGCGGAAAAGUGGUUGAAAUCCUCAAGCAAGAAAAGGUCGAGUUUGGAAGCUUUGACAUACUUUCAGAUGAUGAAGCUCGUCGAGGACUAAAACUAUAUUCAAACUGGUCGAGUUACCCUCAGCUCUACGUCAAGGGCGAGCUUAUCGGCGGUUCAGACAUUGUGUUGGAGAUGCAAAAGAGCGGUGAGCUCAAAAGGGUAUUAGCAGAGAAGGGGAUUCUCGUGGAACAGAGCCUAGAAGACCGGCUUAGGACAGUGAUUCACUCUGCAAAAGUGAUGCUUUUCAUGAAGGGCACUCCGGAUUAUCCCAAAUGUGGAUUCAGCUCAAAAGUCGUGAAUGCGUUGAGAGAGGAAGGAGUGAGUUUUGGAUCAUUCGAUAUCUUGAAAGACGAGGAAGUGAGGCAAGGAUUGAAGAGCUUCUCAAACUGGCCGACAUUUCCUCAGGUUUAUUACAAGGGUGAGCUUGUUGGAGGCUGUGAUAUAAUUAUGGAGUUGAGGAACAGUGGGGACCUGAAAUCUACUCUUUCUGAAUAAGUCUGGUUUUUUGUUUCUUUUUUGGUAUGAUGAGUUACUGGUGGUGCUUUGUCUUGAUCCAAUAGUUAUGAAUGAUGGAUUUGCCUUUGCACUUUCGUUCUGCUAGACACUGAGAGUGAGAGAGACUCCCAAUGCUUGUCAUGUUAUUUUACUUGAGUUGUAAGAGUUUCAUAUCAGACCCAUGUUGGAAGACCAUCA